AUGGAAUCUUGUGUUCGUGGAGCUCCACAAGUACCCUGCUUCUUCAUUUUCGGUGAUUCAUUGGCCGAUAACGGCAAUAACAACCUCCUCGCGACUUUGGCCAAAGUGAACUACCCGCCGUAUGGAAUUGAUUAUCCUGGUGGAGUACCAACAGGAAGAUUUUGCAAUGGCAAAACUGCUGUUGAUAUACUAGCUGAAUUCCUAGGUUUUGAGACUCCCAUUCUACCAUUUGCAACUACCAAAGGACGGGACAUUGUUGAAGGUCUCAAUUAUGCAUCCGGGGCCGCAGGGAUUCGUGCAGAAACUGGCUACAUUGUGGGUGGUCACAUCAGCUUGGAUCAGCAGUUACGUAAUCACCAAAUCACAAUCUUGCGCAUCGCUUCGAUACUUCGAACAAAUAAACAGCAAACAAUGCAGUACUUGAACAAAUGCCUAUACUCAGUCGGAAUGGGCAACAAUGAUUACAUUAACAAUUACUUCAUGCCUCAGUUUUAUCCCACCAGUAGAAGAUAUACCCCUGAACAGUAUGCUUCAGUUCUUAUUUGUAAUAACCCGAUUUUUCGGAGCGAAUGUUGGAUUGUUUUUAAGUUCAUAAAUUUGUGA